UUACAACCCAAUCUCUCUAUAAGUGUAAAUAUAUCUCCCACUCCCAUACCCACAAAUCAAAAAAUCAGUCUAAAACCCCAGAUUUCUCUCGCCAACUUUCCCAUUUCCCAAACAAACAAACGAAACUAAAAUCAUGGCAGAUCAAGAGAGCCAGUCAUGGCCGCUGGCGCCGAUGCGAGUCCACCAGAGAAGCGACGAAGAAAAUCCGGCCUUCAAAGCCCUCCGCAAGGAGCGAACCAACAAAUGCUUCGUCUACAUCUUCGCCGGAAUCGUAAUCCUCGGCGCAAUCUUACUCAUCUUCGCCCUAAUCGUUCUCCGAUCGAAGUCUCCCGAAAUCAAGCUCAAAUCAGUGACCGUAAAAUCCCUCGACUACUCCACCUCGCCAUGGCCGUCGCUCAACGCGACUCUGAUCGCAACGGUGGCGAUUAAGAACCCAAAUUUCGGUCCGUACAGAUUCGGGAGCAACAACAGCGCGGUUUUUCUGUACGGAGGGGGGAAAUUGGGGGAGCAGAGGAUCAGGCAGGGGAAGGCGACGGCGAAGGCGACGAAGAGAGUGAACGUGACGGUGGAGAUCCGGACGAGCAGAUUGCCGCAGGGGAGUAACAAUCUGGGCGGCGAUUUGAGCUCUGGAAUGGUGAAUUUGAGUAGUUAUUGUAAGUUUACUGGAAGAGUUCAUCUGAUUAAGAUUUUCGAGAAUAGGAAGACGGCGGAGAUGAAUUGCGCCAUGACUCUGGUUUUGAAAACCAAGAUGAUCAAGAAUUUGAGAUGUGAUUAGUUACUAUGAAUUAUCUUUGUUUU